AUGGGAACAAUUCAAUCUGAGUACUCCAAUGUCAGUAUCCCUCCCGGAGUGAAUCAACCUGGAAAGCUUCGACUUGUCCUUGCUUUCGUGAUUAGCACAUCUGCUAUGCCUCACAGGGGACUGCCACGGCUCCAUCUUCUCCCGGGCCAGCUUUCUGGUGAGGACCAAACUGGAGCGGCCGCUAAAAGCGAGGGUAGAGGCCAGCGGCUCCGGAGCAGGCUGAACCCCGCCAACACGAAGCCCGAGUGCCCCGUCAGGCCUCGCAGCGGCCGGCGGGCAGCAGGCAGAGGGUCUCCCUCACGGCAACCUGCCCGGCGUGGCGUGAGGCGGAGGCCCGCGGUUGCUGCCUGCCCCCGGGGCGGCCGCCCUGCGCUCAGCCGGGCUCUCCUCCCUCUCUCCCAACAGGGGAAGAUUUUGGAAAAGAUGGGGGUGUGCAGCAAGAUCGCCUUCACCCGCUACGUGCGCUCCGGGAGGAGGCUGGGGCCGGACCCGCGGCUCUGGCAGGAGGACGCGCGGUUCGGCCGGGUGCCGGUGAGGCUGUACCGGCCCCGCGCGCCAUCUGCCGGCCUGCGGGCGGGCGCCAUCUUCUUCCACGGCGGCGGCUGGCUGUACUGCAGCAUCGAUUCCCAUGAAAAGAUCUGCCGUUACAUUGCCAGUGAAAGCGACGCGGUGGUUGUGUCUGUUGGGUAUCGUUUAGCUCCUGAACACAAAUACCCUGCUGCGUAUGAAGACUGCCUUCACGCUACCAUACACUUCAUGAACAACAUAGAGCACUAUGGCGUGGAUCCUGCCAAUGUAAUUGUCUGUGGGGACAGUGCUGGGGGCAAUCUAGCAGCUGCUGUUAGCCAGACCCUUGCAGGCAGAUCAGACCUCCCCAAACUACGUGCUCAGAUCUUGAUCUACCCAGGCCUUCAGGCUCUGGACUUCAAUUUGCCAUCCUAUCAGCAGAAUCGGGGAGUCCCUCUCUUAUUCCGAGAGCGUGCCGCUUUCUUUGCUUUGCAGUACCUAAAUGGGGAUGCAUUGCAUAUGCAAGAGGUCUUGGAGGGCUCUCAUGUUCCUCCAGAUAUGAGGCUGAAGUACAGGAAGUGGGUGAGUCCAGAUAACAUCCCCGAAAAAUUUAAGGUCAGAGGCUACAAACCACACAAGCUCUAUGAAUUCAAGGCUGAAGUUUUUGAGAAACUUAAAAAAUUCUUUGAGCCCAACCUGUGUCCGCUGUUGGCUGAAGACGCUAUUGUUCACCAGCUGCCUGAGUCUUUCAUCUUAACGUGCGAGUAUGAUGUGCUAAGGGAUGAUGGCUUGCUUUACAAGAAGAGAUUGGAGGACAAUGGUGUUCGAGUGACCUGGUACCACCUCGAGGAUGGAUUCCAUGGAGUCAUAACCUUAUUUGAUUAUUGCGGUUUCUCAUUUCCAGCUGGGAAAAGGGGAUUGGACAGCGUUGUUAAAUUCAUAAAAGGCCUGUAGAAACAACUUUCUCUCUUUAUGCUUCUGCCACUAAUGUCUCUGUUUAGGUUCCCAAACCUCAGUUAGUACUUGUCAGCAAAAGUGUGAUAUCCUUUGAUAUGUAAAAUACCAAUUUUGAUAUUUGUGAACUUCAAAUACUGUCUGAACACUGGUCUUUGUCCUCGUGAGACUAUUGACAGUUCAGCCUUUACAGUUUUAAUAUUUUCCACAUGCUGUGUUUCAGUCACUUUUCUUUCAAAUCAGUAUCUGAUUGAUGCCUUGUAUUUAAUUACCAGCUGAUUUAUUUCUAUGUAAAUAAUGUCUGUGGAAUGAUUUGGAUCAAAUAAUUCCUGUGAAUUACAGUAAUGAUUUUUGUGGUGUCCAUUUGAUAAGCUCAGAAGCAUGACUUUAUUUAGCUAAAAACCUACAAGUUAGGUACAAAGUGAGCUGAAGGGAAGGGUCAGAGGAACCACAUCUGCAAGAGUGGCAGUUCGAGGCCAGAGUUAACUGGGGACACCUUGCUGGAGGCAAGUAAGGGCUGCCCUGAUUUUGAAAUACCCAUAGCUCUACGAACUCCUACUUAAUUUUGGGGUGUCUCCAUUUUGCCCGCUGAAGCUCAGGGCAAGGGAUACUGGUUGAGAGGGAACACUUAGGUCAGGUUUUAGGCUCAGUGAACUGGGUUCUUGAUCUGUGUAUACUGGAAGGUUUAGCUUAAAGAGAGAGAAAAUAUGAACCAAAAUGUCUUCAUGUUCUUUAAGACAGUAGUUUCCUAGUAUUUUUUUUCAGAAUUUGUGGUGUGAUGCUUCUCCAUGUUUUGAGUUUUCUUUACAGGACAAAGCAGUAUUAUUUCUGUGAUGUGAUGCUUCAUUUUAAACUGCUGAUGAAAGCAAGGAAAACCAGUAGUACGCAUACUCAAAAUAGUAAGACUGAGGAAAUUAAAAUCCUAAGAAAAAAUAAAAUCAAAUCUCAAGGCUGAGGAAAUCAGAAAUUUUUAUAAAAACAAAUGCUGCCUUCCGUUUAGAUGUCACAGAGCAAGGGCAGCCCUUCCUUUAGCCUCCUGCAGGCUGCCCUUAGACAAAAAAUCCCUGAAUUUCAGGGCAAACGACACGCUCCCGGUGACGCGAAGCCGA